AUGGAUGUGUCCGCGCAUGUUUUCGAUACGCCCGAAGCGCUCAGCCCUUUCCUGCAACGCACCGAAGCAGAUCCCCGCCCUGUUAUUGCCAUGACCUGUGGGAUUGCGGGAUCUGGGAAGUCAUCACUUUCAAAAUGGAUAGUCUCCAAUCAUCCAUCGUUUCAGCGUCUCUCAAUUGAUGCCUACAUUUAUAAUCAUUAUGGGCUUUAUAAUGUCGACUAUCCUGCAAACAAAUAUAAUUCAUACCAACAAGAAGCGGAGAAUGCCCUUCGGCAAGAGCUAACUCGGCUGGUUCGGCAAGGUACUGGCGAUGCUAUUCUAGAUUUCUCUUUUGCGUUUCAAGAAACUAGAGACGAUUGGAAAAGUCUGAUUGAAAGUUCAGGGGGACGAUGGGUGCUCGUAUAUCUUGAUGUGGAAGAUGACGAAUUGCGCCGGCGAGUCCGAGCAAGGAACGAGCUGGACAUAAAGGAUGGCGAUUCGGCAUUCCUGGUGACUCAGGAGAUUCUAGAGAGCUUCAUCACUGGGUUUGAGAGACCGAUAAGUGAAGGGGAAAUUGUCUUAUGUCUCAAUAACAACAAUUUAGAUGGUGAUACAGAACCAUAG